AUGCAACAGACGCUGGCGAUUGGCACCAUUUCCAUGGGAUGGCAUCCCAGCCACAGCCUGGAGAGCAAAAUCUAUGCCGCCAAGCAGUUUGGAAUAGCUGGCAUCGAGUUAUUCGACCAGGACUUGAACAAGUUCGCAAAGUCCCACGUAAUAAGUCGCCUCGAAGCAGCAGAUGGGAUCGGGCGACUAUGCAAAGAUGCACAACUCACUAUCAUAAGCUAUACCUCGUUCGGCAGCUUCGAAGGCCAACCCACGCCAUUAUCUUCUCGGCUUGAAACCGCAAGAGAGUGGUGUGAGAUCGCUCGGCGACUGGGCACUACGAUAAUCCAAGUCCCCAGUAACUUCGAUGCGGAAGCUAUAGGAGACGAGGGCGUCAUCGUCGCAGAGCUUCAGGCGUUGGCCGAUCUAGGCCUACGGCAGUCUCCAUCCAUUUCGUUUGCAUACGAGGCGAUUGCGUGGGGUAAACAUGUCGCUGACUGGGAGGAGUCGCUUCACAUGGUGCAACUAGUAGACCGCCCAAAUUUUGGUCUCUGUCUGGACACCUAUCAUGUGGUCGCCAGACUAUGGGCAGAUCCCACGACUCUUUGCGGCAGAAGACCGGGCGGUGACACGGCGCUGCGUGCUUCGCUCCAAAGAUUCCGAGACGCCUGCCCGACCGACAAAAUCUUCUACAUACAGAUCAGCGACGCCGAGCAGGCCAGGCCUCCGAUACAGCCCGGCCAUCCAGCCUACCGUGAAGACGAGCAUGUGCUGCACUCGUGGUGCUUGGAUGGAAGGAUCCCCCCUUUCGACACAGAACACGGUGCUUAUUUACCACUGGAGGAGAUUCUGUCCGCAUGGCUGGUUGAAAGCAGAUACACAGGGUGGGUGAGCAUGGAAGUAUUCCACCGAAGUAUGAACGGAGAAAACUCGACCCCAGAUGUCUGGGCUAAGCGUGCAAGGGAGUCUUGGGACAAGAUACAAAAAUUGCUGCAGGAACGGUCACAAGGGACACUUAAAAUACAUUAG